AUGAUGAGAGAACAGGAUCAGUACAUGCCGAUCGCGAACGUCAUCCGAAUCAUGCGCCGGAUCCUUCCGCCGCACGCCAAGAUCUCCGACGAAGCCAAAGAGACGGUACAGGAGUGUGUCUCUGAGUACAUCAGCUUCAUCACCAGCGAGGCUAACCAGCGGUGCCGGCAGGAGCAGCGCAAGACGGUGACGGCGGAUGACGUACUCUGGGCCAUGGAAAAGCUGGGAUUCGACGACUACGUCGGGCCUCUCUCCGUCUACCUUCACCGCUACCGUAACGGUGACGGUGCAGGUAGCAGCCAUUAUGUCCCCCGGGGACAGCAAGUGCUGGCUCCCGAGCUUGCACCAGCAAUGCCGCCACCUCCACCACCGUCAUACUAUUACGGAUCGGGUUAUCCGGUGGGACCGAGUCAGAUGGGGCCGGGAGCUGGUAGCUCAAGUAGUGGCACCGGCGGCCCGGCGUAUUAUGAUCCGUAUGCUCACCAGAGACAUGACCGUUUCUGAUGCAGAGGAGGAGGCGCAUGCAUGACUCUUAAACAAGAAUGCCGCUUUUUAAAUAUUAAACAAAAAAAAUCAUAAAAAAAUUAGUAGUAAUAUCUAAAUAUGCAUCUUGGGAUGUUGCUUUUCUUUUUUUUUUUCCUUUUUCUUUUUUAAAUUAGAUUGUGAAAGCUUGUAAAGAAAGGCUGUCUUAAAUAGGGAUUCAUGAGCGGUCAUAUAAUAUAUGAAUUUAUCUUCUUUUUUUAUUUACUUCUUUUUUCUUCUAAAAUUAUUCUUCGGGUCUACUUUUUUUAUUUAUGAUAUUUUUUGUUUUAUUUACUUUUUGUUCCUAAAAUUUUGUUCGAUCAAAAAAUUUUUACUUUAAUUUUAUAUACUCCUGUUUUUGUUAAACGUUAUUAUAUAUAUAUAUAUAUAUAUAUAUUAAUUCUAAUUAUUUUUAUUUUUCUCCAAGAAAGAGAGAUAUUUCUUAAUUUGUCUCAACCGAUUGCUAAUCUUCCGACAAGAAUUUUGCUCAUUUUAAUCUCAAGGGGAUUAAAGCAAUUGGAUUAGCUAGAAAGAAUAAAAACUACUUUCUCAGUUUAAAAAUAUAAAAUAUUUUUUAAAAAAUUAAAUGUUAAAAAAUAU